AUGACUGCUGCUCUGAGUCAGACCAAAAGUGCAAAAAAGCAAAUCGAGCAAGAGUAUAACUUACUCCUAAAUAGAAUUAAAUAUUUAGAGGAAGAAGAGAGAAGGUCAAGAGCAAAACUUCAUCAGUAUGACUACAUCACUCAAAAACAAGAGGAAACAAAAAGACUCAAACAAAACACAAACAACCUCUUUUUGAAAAAAAAGGAGCUUCAACUAAGGGAUAUUGAGGGAAAAUCUCAAAUUGUAUCUUCUAUCAAGGAUGGCCAUUUAUAUGCCAAAGAGAAAAUCAAAAGCUUUGAGGAGUCAAAAAAAUUAGAGAAUUUAGAAUUUAAAAAAAAGCUUGAAUUAUUUAAAGACAUCCACAAGGAUCAACAAAAGAAAUUAGUAAAAUAUAAUGCAAUAAGAAGAAAUGAAAUUAAACAAUUAAGCGAAAAGAUGAAAGAAGAAAAUAGAAUUAAAAGAGAGGAAAUUGCAAAACAAAAACAAAUUGAAAGACAGCAAGCUCGAAACAAAAACGAAAGCAUGUAUCACGAGAGACUCAAGCAAAUCCAAUCAGAAAAAGAAAAACAAGUUCAGAUGAUAAAAUCACAAAGAAUUAGCCUUGAUGAGGUCCAACAAUAUCGAAUCUCUCAAUCUCAUGACGUAGUCAUGCAGUAUGCAGUUAGAGAAAUUGAAAAAGAGCAUGAAACUGCACUUCAAUUAGAAAAAUCAAUUGAACACCUGAAAAAGAGAGAAGCAGAGGCUAAAAGAAGAUUGGAUGAAGUGGAAAGAAAAUUGCAAUCGAGUCCGGCAUCGCCUUCCAAUGGCCACAGGGACGGGAAGAUUAACAAUUUUUCACUCCUUCUCGAUCGUUCGCCCAGAUCAAAAAGAGCGAGAGCUUUUGCACGUUCUCCAUCAGGAAGAUAA